UCUUAAUCGUUGAUUUUGUAUUUUUCAAUUGCGCUUGCGAUUAACCAGAGAGAUGAAGAGAGUCUGACUGUAAUUGAGAAAAAAAGAGUGAAUCCACAAAAUGGAUAUACAUUGUGAUAAUACAACUGUCCAGGCCACGUUGAUUGUUAAUUAUCAUUAUUAACUUAUUCUUUUUAAAUAACCAACCUUUUCCAUGUUCUUCUGACCAUUUCAAAUAUCACCAUUUUACACAUGAUCAACAUUUCCCCAAUAUUAAUGUCAACCUGAUCUGGUCUCUGAUCUAUUCAUCACACUUUGCGUAACUGUUUUCCCUCUCUUUGCUCAUUGCCUUUGUCUUUGUUUUUGUUGAUGUUACCAGUAAUAUUUAAUCAAAGAAACCUAUGAAUUGCGGUUGUUUAUUUAAUUUAAUUGUUUCAAACAACAAUUUUCCCGUUCUUUGACAGUUAUUAUUAUUGUUAACAAUAGCACAGGAUAAAGGUUGCAAUCAUCUUUGUCGUGAUUACCAUUUCAUCCUUAUUUUGAUGUUACCUGUUUUAACUUCGUUAGACUUCUUAAACCGGACAGAAAACCCAUGCGUGUCCACUUGAUUGACAUUGCCUGUUAUACCAUUUCAUCUUAGCUAGUUAAAUAAUUGGAUUUAUUACCUUCUUUUAAUAAACUAAUUAGCAGUCCACCAACUCAUUAAAAUAAACAAUGGACGAAAGUUUGGAUGCCAUGACAAACAAAUUUUCAACUGUUGACUAUAUUGUCUUUAUUCUCAUGCUCGUCUGUUCCUCUGGAAUAGGAAUUUUCUAUGCAUUCAAAGGUCGUAAAAAUGAAUCAAGCAAGGAGUUUUUAACAGCAAACAAAUCGUUGAACUGGUUCCCUGUAUCAAUGUCACUCUUAGCCAGUUUCCAAAGUUCUGUAACCAUUCUGGGCUAUCCGGCUGAGAUGUACACCAAAGGAACACAAUUUUGGGUUGUUAUUCUGUCCGCCAUUUUUGCUUCAAUCACUGCUGCCGAAUUGUUUCUUCCAGUUUACUUCAAACUUUCCUUUACCAGUGUUAACCGGUAUUUAACAAUGCGUUUUAAUCGAGACAACGUCCGUUUAGCAGCAUCGAUGGCUUUCUUACUUGGAACCGUUCCGUACAUGGGUGUAGUCCUUUAUGGGCCAUCUUUGGCUUUAAGCUCAGUGACUCCGUUGUCGGUUACCUCUUCCAUCUUAAUUAUUGGUAUUAUUUGUACCUUUUACACUUCACUGGGUGGAAUCAAGGCUGUCGUAUGGACUGAUACAAUGCAAGUUGGUCUUAUGUACAUUGGACUAGUUGCCGUUAUGUUAAGGGCUUUCUAUCUGGUCGGUGGUGUUGGUGAAGCUUUUCGUAUUGCUGCUGAAAGAGGCAGAAUUGAAUUUACCAACUUUGAACUUGAUGUUUCAAAGACAAACAACUUCUGGAACUCAGUUCUUGGAAUGGGAAUUAUGUGGUGUGGCAAUUACUGUACAACACAAACUGAAGUUCAACGUUAUUGCAAUACCCAAAGCCAGAAGAAAGCUAAAUUAGCAUUGUACGUAAAUCUAGUUGGUGUUAUACUCAUGAUUAGCUGUGCAUGUCUUUGUGGUAUUGGAGUGUUUGCUUAUUAUGCUGAUUGCGAUCCUCUCAAAGCUGGUAAAAUAUCUAAAACAGACCAGCUCAUGCCUUACUUUGUAAUGGACACAAUGUCUGAAUUCAAAGGUUUACCUGGAAUAUUUGUUACUUGCGUUUUCAGUGCUUCCCUUAGUACUCUAUCAUCCGGUUUCAAUGCUUUAUCUGCAGUAACUUGGGAUGAUUUUCUUAAAGAAACUCGUCUUGGAUGUCUGAGUGAACAAAAUCAGAAAAAUUUCAACAAAAUAACUGCCAUUUUCUAUGGUAUCUUGUCAAUUCUGAUGGCAUUCAUUGUUGGACAGAUUGGCUCUGUUUUAAAGGCUGCUAUAUCCUUGGCUGGUUGUUUAAUUGGUCCACUUCUUGGGAUCUAUCUUAGUGCCAUUCUCUGUCCAUUUGCUAAUUCAAAGGGUGUUAUUUCGGGUUUAACAUUCGGAGUUUCAUUUGGAUUUUGGGUCCUUAUCGGUUCACUUGUUUAUCCAGCUAAUGAUGAUUUCAAGGAAACAUUAAUCACUGGUUGCCCUGCCAAUUUCAUAUCAAACUCAACUCUAAUUGUUGAUGAUGUGCUCGAAAAUCAACCAUUUUUCCUGAAAUUAUACCAAAUAGCAUUUCUUCUCGUGCCUGUCACUGGUUUUAUUAUAUGUCUUUUCGUUAGUUUUGUAGCUAGUCUAUUAACUGGUGGUCUAAAUGAUGUAAAACAUGUAGAUCCAAAUACAUUGAGUCCAUUAGUUUGGAAAAUUUGGCCUGAACGACUUUUGCCUCCUAAAUCAGAUAGUUCUAAAGAUAAAGAGGUUAUUGAAAUAUCCGUUAGAGGAAUGAAUUCUGAAAACCUGAUUACCUGAUAUCAUCUAGAAUUUAGGAAAAUGUUGUUCUUUUUCAUCCUCCUUUACUUUGGCUGUCUUUUUUCAAUAUGUAUAUGUAGAUAUACAUUAUGUUGAUUUUUUUUCUAUGGAACAUUAUUUUGGGAAUUAAGCUAAAAUAUACUUAUUAAGUUAAGAAGAGCUAAGGAAACAAAUUUGUAACUGCAUCUUAAAGACAAGUUUCACACACUGUACGUUGAAUCUAAAUGGACACAAAAAAUCAUCACCACUCACUCAAACUAAUUAUUGGAAACACGCAUAUUUAACAUAACAAUUAAUGUUAUUAUGAAUAUUAUUAUAACUAAUAUUAUCAAGAAUAAUCUGCAAAUCGAGAAAGAAACAUGUUAAAAUCAAGUAAAACAAAACGAAGUCAAGAAAAUGAAUUAUUGUCUCUUUAUUUCCUCUUUGUUUUAAGUUUAACUGAUGAUUUUCAAGAGGAAUACUUAACGCAAAACUGUGGCACAAAAUAAAAUUAAAAUUUUUCUCUA